GAUGCAAGGUAUGGAAAAUCAAGACUGGUCGAUGCCCAGCUGCAUGUCUUACGUGUUGCAGCCACGGUACUUCAGAGUUCUACCGGGCGCGCGCCGCCAUAACGCAGCACCUGAUUUCCGAACAUGGCUUCAACACAGUUGCGAUCGAGGGUGACUGGCCGGAUUGCCAUGAGAUUGACAAACACGUCAGAGCCCAUCCUAGCCAUGCCGGCAAGACCCCGAUGCCCGUUUUCAAGCAUUUUCCAGAAUGGAUGUGGAGGAACCGUGAGAUGCAGAACUUUGUUGACUGGCUCCGUAUCCACAACAGUUCACUGCCUUAUGAAAAGAGGGCAGGUAUCUAUGGGCUCGACCUGUACAGCAUGGGGUCCUCGAUCCAAGCUGUUAUCCAGUAUCUUCUAAAAGUGGAUCCGGAAUUGGCCAGAGAUGCUCGAAAAAGGUAUGGAUGCCUUGACCCGUGGAUCGCCGACCCUGCGCAGUAUGGGCGUGUUGCCAUGCUCAAGGGGUACGCUCCUUGCGAGUCCGGGGUGGUAAAGAUGUUGCAAGACGUCCUUGCCAGUCGUAUCGAUUUGUCGUCCCAUGAGGAUAAGACUGCCGAGGGCUUUUUCGACGCCGAAAUGAAUGCUCGUUUGGUCCGCGACUCCGAGCGCUACUAUCGCUCCAUGUACUGGGGCGAUGCCGAAUCGUGGAACUUGCGCGAUCAGCACAUGUUCGAGACACUCCGGCGACUUCUCAAAGUGAAGGGCGGAAAAGCCAUCGUGUGGGCACAUAAUUCGCAUUUGGGAGAUGCGCGCGCUACGGGUAUGCGAGAUCGACGUGAGUGGAAUCUCGGCCAAUUGUGUCGCGAGAACUUCAAUUCCAUGCCUGGAGAGGUCGCCAUUAUCGGGAUGGGGACACACUCUGGCACGGUAGCUGCAGCUGACAAUUGGGACGAUGAUAUGCGAAUCAUGUCAGUCAAUCCGUCUCGUAAGGACAGCUGGGAGCGCGUCAUGCACGAUACCGGCAUUUCGUCGUUCCUCCUCGACCUCCGACCAGGCUACCAGGAUGAGGAAGUCAGGAAGGCAUUGGAAGAGGAGAAGCUGGAGAGAUUCAUUGGGGUCAUCUAUCGACCUGGAACGGAGAGAUGGAGUCAUUAUGUGAAAUCAAGCCUAUCAAGGCAAUUCGAUGCGUUCGUCUGGUUUGACAGAACGAGCGCUGUCCAGGCUUUCGAGGUCCAUCAGCCACAAGAAGCUGUUGAGAGGGGAGAAACAUUUCCUUUUGGCUUGUAAGGACCGUC